AAAGUCAAAAGUGUUUAGAGCUUUUGCGAGCUCUCUUAUCCUUUCAAUUGAAGAGUCAUCAGCUUCAAGACGAUAACUUUUCCAAUUCCAUCUCCAAUUCAAUCUUGUCACGAGUCUUGCGCUUGGUGGGUUUUCGUAAGAUUUUGGUUGUUUCGUUUUUGCCCAAUUAUGAACAACGCAUGAUUCAGUUUCCAGGAAAGAGAACCCAUGGCUACUUUUAAUGUUCUCUGUAGUAAUCGUUUUCAUCUCAAAGGAGGCAAUUUUCCGGAGAAAUCUAGCAGAAUAGUAUCUUCGCGGUGUAGUGAGCUUAAUAUUUGUGUCGCUAGGACGAAGAAUCAGUCGUUUGGUUGCAGGAGACUUGGUGGGUUUUUGGAGAUUGGGGAAACUAGAUCAGGGUUUAGACUUCACGGCGAUUCUCGGAAUGGGUUUGCUUGUAAUAGCGAGAUUAAGCGACUAGUCAAUGGUGAUUACGGAGAUAAGGAGACUCGUAUUGGUGAAAAUGGUAGAAACAAAGAGAAGAGAAGAAGAUUUUCUCUUAGGCUUCGACCUAGAUUACGAUUGUUGAGCAUGCGACUUGGAAGAUUCGAUUUGAGGGCAUCAAUUGAGGAUUUCCGGUUAUUUUUGAGAAAGAAUAUCAAAAGAGUGAUCCUAUCUACUGGUGUGGCUGUUAUCUUCGGACUGUGUUAUGUGUUCUUGAGGUUAACCGCUGUUCCGUCUCCUUCCAUUGUUCCUUACUCAGACUUUGUAACGAAUCUUCGAGGUGGUUCCGUUUCAAAGGUUUUGCUCGAAGAAGGUUCUCGUCGAAUCUACUACAACACUAAUGAUAAUGUUGAAGAUGAUCACAAGUCUGAAACUUCAGAAGAACCUGCGAUCCAAGUGGAAACCGCGACUGAAGCUACUGCCAAAGACGUUAUUAUGCCGCGAAAGGUUCGAGCUUUGACUCCUGUGUGGAAGUAUGUGACGAGAAAAGUAGAUCACGAUGAGAAGUUUCUUCUUAGUUUGAUGAGGGAGAAAGGGAUAACUUAUAGUUCAGCUCCUCAGUCUGCAUUGAUGUCCAUGAGAAAUACUUUGAUAACAAUCAUUUCUUUAUGGAUUCCUUUAACACCUCUUAUGUGGCUUCUCUAUCGGCAACUCUCUGCAUCUAACAGCCCUGCGAAAAAACGACGCACUAAAAAUCCCACUGUUGGAUUCGAGGAUGUUGAGGGCGUGGAUUCUGCUAAAGACGAGCUCGUGGAGAUAGUCUCAUGUCUUCAAGGAAGUAUAAACUACAGAAAACUAGGAGCAAGAUUACCAAGAGGUGUGCUUUUGGUUGGUCCACCGGGGACCGGUAAAACCUUGUUGGCUCGGGCUGUAGCUGGAGAGGCGGGAGUUCCGUUCUUCUCUGUUUCGGCUAGUGAGUUCGUUGAAUUGUUUGUUGGAAGAGGUGCAGCGCGAAUCAGAGAUCUUUUCAAUGCGGCCAGGAAAAACUCACCUUCCAUUAUAUUCAUCGAUGAGCUCGAUGCGGUUGGAGGAAAACGAGGGAGGAGUUUCAACGAUGAACGUGACCAGACGUUAAACCAGCUGCUUACUGAAAUGGAUGGUUUUGAGUCAGACACAAAAGUCAUUGUAAUUGCAGCAACUAACCGACCAGAAGCGUUAGACGCGGCUCUUUGUCGGCCAGGAAGGUUCUCAAGAAAAGUGGUGGUUGCAGAACCAGACCAAGAAGGCCGUCGAAAAAUCUUGGCCGUACAUCUGAGAGACGUGCCGCUAGAAGAAGACGCAUUUCUCAUAUGUGAUCUCGUUGCUUCUCUAACUCCCGGAUUCGUAGGUGCUGAUCUCGCCAAUAUUGUCAAUGAAGCUGCAUUGCUCGCUGCUCGUAGAGGCGGAGAAGCGGUGGCACGGGAAGAUAUAAUGGAAGCGAUAGAGAGGGCGAAAUUUGGGAUCAAUGAUAAGGAAAUGAGACCAAGGACUAUCGGAAAUGAGCUCAGCAGGCUGUUCCCAUGGAUGCCAUCUUUGGUUGGGAGGAAUGGACCAGAUCAAGGCGGUUUACAAGGACCGUUAGGUUAUCAAACUCUCAGCUAAACCAUGACCCAGACUAACCGGUUAGAGAGAGCAAAUCUAUUGAUACCAAGUUUCCUUGUAGUAUCUGAAAUUUUUGGAGAUUGUGCGUUUUUUGCGCUCCGAUCUCUGUUUACAAAAGACCAUAAUAUAAACAUUGAAUAUGGUUUUAGUAAUAUGUACUCAUUAGUUUACCUUGUUUCAUGCUGAUCCAAUAAUCCAAAAUCUUCCUA